AUGUGUAUGUACGUGUGUGCGUGCGUCCAUGUGUGCAUGUGUAUGUGGGUGUGUGUGUAUGCACCCGUGUGUUGUGUGUGCAUAUGUGUAUGUGUGUAUGCACAUGUGUGUGUGUACGUGUGUGUGCUGGGUGACCUGCUCAGAAGGAGCCAGGUGGUGGGCACACGGGCUGUGAGGAGGGCGGGGCCGCUGGAGCCUCACCCACCAAGCUGCACUGUGGUCUCCAGAACCAGCUCUCUAGCUAUGGGGUCCUCCCCUGGGGGAUGGGACAAGGUGGGUGACAAGGGCAUGACAUUCCAUUGGCCCUGA